AUGAGCCAACGGGCUGAAAUCGGGUGCCCUUCUAUCUCUGGAUACAUUGAAGUGGAAUUUGAAAGUCGCUUGGGUCUAGUGAAAGGCAUGGCUGCUUGGAGACGUUCUGCUCCUGGGAAAGGUGGGAAAACCGAUAUCACGGCGAACAUGUACGAAAGUCGCGGUCAACACAUACAUCCUCGAGAGUUAUUCCUCUCGGUUUCUGUUGUGUCCCUUUGUCUGCCUCGUGCGUCCAAGUGGAUGGAUCAACACGUCGAAUCUAAUCGCCGCGAAUUUUCAGCUGCCAUUUUCAGCCUGUGCUUGCCAAAUACGGAUGGUGUUGUCUUCUUAACCCUGCGUCUAAGUCCCCGACUCGCUCCACGUCUCGAAUACACGGCCGAGGCGAUGGUGGCCUCGACUAUCUCGGCCCGGGGGGCCUUUUUCACGUUAACUAUGAUGAAUGUUUUCCUCGUUUAUGGCCAAAGUGGAGAAGCAGCAAAAACUAUCAUACCGAACUCAGACCCUGCGAUUUCUUAUUUACCUGAGUAUUGCCCGUCUGGAGGACUUUUGGGUUGCUAUGGAGCGUGGUGGGAUACUACCAUGAAUGACGGCAGUAUUAUCAAGACCACGGCUGGUCCAACCUCGCAUUAUAACAAUGCUCAGACGGCAUUUUCCUACUCUUUUUAUGGUUCCAAUAUUGAACUACACGGACUUGGCGAUACAUUUGGUGCAAACAUAAUAAUGCAACUUGACAGUUUCUUGGUCAUUGUCAAUACUUCGACAGGUUCAGGCGGACCAUCGCAACUACCACAACUUCUUUAUAACUCCUCCGAUCUCGACCCUCAAACCAUUCAUACUUUAUCAGUUGGAUGGUCGAGGAAUAACAUUCCAAACAAAGACUUGGGCGUAGACAAUCCGUUGUCGUUCGCUUAUUUCGAUCGUUUGGAGAUUAGCAAUUAUCGUCCCGCCGAUGGCAUCGCUUCUGCAGCGUCUAGUACUACUUAUGGUUCUACCGUGCCAGCCUCUCCAACUGCGGCUUCCCUGUCUUCGCAAUCAGCCUCUCCAAAGCUCAAGUCUGGUGCUCUCGCGGGAGUCAUCAUCGCUUCGCUCCUCUGUUUCAUCCUCUUUUGUGCUUUCUCCGCGUAUUUCCUGCGUUACCGCCGUCGCCGUCGCACACUUCGGCACAGACCAACGUCCUCCCAUGUUAAAGUCACCAUCGAGUCUGACGAGAUCCGCUUUGCGGAUAUUAUACCUUCACCCUCACCAAGCGAAAGCUGGAAAGCACACCCACAUUUGUCCCUCCCACCAGCGUACGUCCAUUCCGGAUCCUGUGGAGUCGAUGCAGCAGGAUAUGGCUGCGAGAAAGGUGUCAGUUAUUUGGACCUCGAGCCGGGCAGCACUAGCCUAGAUAGCGUGCCAUUGCCGUUUCUUAAGUUUGAUCCGGUGGAUGGGGAGAAGAAAAAGAAGAGCAGGCUUUCGGUACUCUCUUCUCUCUCUUCAUCGACACCGUCAAACGUUUCACAUCCACCUCGGGCUAAGCUCCGAGUGAACACUCGCAAGUCCGAACGUGCUCCUCGGACUAGCGCACUCGCUUCGGUCGAGAUCGCUCAGGCCCAGACAGAACAAGGUCCUUCACCAGUCACGCCUUUCACGCCAUACUGUGUUGCCACUGCAACUGUCGUGCGUCCGCAAAACGCACAACGUAUUUCCAACGCUGGUCUGAACGACAAGAGAAUGCCAAAGAGGAAUAUUCCUCUGGAUGCACCGUUGCCUCCUUUGCCCGCAGUGCCGAGCCCAAGGAAGGAGAAGCGUCGCGAUACGAAGGUUCGGUCAACUUUGAAAAGCUCUCGUGCAGGAUCUAGUGGACUCGAUAAAGACGUCUCUGAUAUGCUGGCCUCAACUGGAAAUGCCGCAACGCGCUCCGAACGCUCCAACGCACUUGACUUGGACCUUGAUGUGGGCAUGGUGACUCCAAGGCCUUCAUUCGACGCGAUGAGUGUUAUGACGCGCAGCGUUCCGCCACCCUACGCUCUGCAUGCCUGA